GAACGCUAUACAGGCUAUGCUGUGCCUUUCGCACUCUAGCGUUUUAUUGACAAUGCGACGGGCGUUUGUCAAGUCUACGAUAUCCCCGAGCCCAUGUGCAUAAUACACUUUUGUAGCUCAGGGCUCUCCAGGCUAACUACUUCCAGCAGAAGCGAAAAGACGAAACUAAAACACUAUCAGCAAUUGUUCCUCGAACAAAUUGCGAUAACCACACAUGGCGUCAUACGACUACGCAGACAGUUACCUUUACGGCGAGGAGAAUUUCGAUUAUUACGACUCCAUGGAGGAACAGGGAAUGCUGAACUCGAAUGCGAUCUGCUAAGGCGCUCCUUCCCCACCGACGAUGACCCAGAACCUAAUCGCUUCGGCUAUGGGGUCCGGGCGCCUACUCCAGAGCCCUACGUCUUACACCUGGGGCCCCAAGGGGCAGAACUGCCAGAUUAAAAUCCUCGAAGGUAGCAAAUCGCAUCCGAUGGAAAUAAGGCCGAAUCUCAAAGCAGCAUUGUUACGAUUUCGACUCCCGAGUUCGCCUAGAUACUUGUGGGUGGAUGCACUCUAUGUGGAUCAGGCGAACCAAGAAGAGAAAAGCACGCGAGUAAGCAUGAUGUUUCGAAUCUUUGAUACUGCCGAUAAUGUGUGUGUAUGGCUCGGCGAAGAGACGGAUGAAAGUAGUAGAGCUAUGGAAUUUAUUCGAAGUCGCUUAAAACCAUCGUUAUUGAAGGAGUGGAUUUCACUGUCUGCCUUGAUAAGGCGGCCUUGGUUUAGUCGGCGAUGGAUUAUCCAAGAGAUAGCCCUGGCAAAGAAAGCUACCGUGUAUUGUGGGAGGGAAUGCGUGGAAUGGGAGGAGUCCGCUAACGCGAUCUCCCUUCUCGUCCACAGCAAAGAGAAUGUUCAGCAACUCUUGAGAAAGUCGAGUGAUUAUUGUAAUCAUCCGGAUUGUCACGGAGAUGUUAGUCAAUCGGCCGCCGCCCGAUUGAUAGAUGCUUCUGAUAAUAUGUUCAGGAAGUCAGAGCAGGGGCAGAUCCUCGAGCGACUCCUUUCCCUCGAAGAGCUCAUGUCCUCUUUGUCUGCAUUCGAGGCAUCAGACCCUCGAGACGUCCUCUAUGCGAUUUUAUGCCCCGAUAUUAUGGAUGAACCGGCGAUGAUAUCUGACCAGAUCAAUGGCCAUGGCCGUGAAAAUGGGCCACUGACCCAGAACACCAUGCUACCCGAAAAGAACCUCGGACCUCCUCCAAUCCAUCUACACAUCCCAUCCACCCAAGGAUCCGUUGACUCAAAUCAAAGCCCAAGGGGUGACUCGGACCGAAGCUCAAGAACAGACUCAGUAGAACCGAGAGAAGUCCUAGCGAUAAAAAUUGCGAGAUCACUCCAGGCCAAGCAGCGAAAAAAUAGAAUUCCAGUUGACUAUAAUAAAAGCGUCCUGGAUGUGUAUAAAAAUGUUCUAAGAUUCAUAUUUACUCGGUCGGACUCACUGGACAUGCUGUGUCGACCCUGGGCGCCUGCUGGCUUGAAUCUACCUUCUUGGAUGCGGCCUGUUUCGGACAAUCCCUUUGCCACGGAAAGACAUGGGGUUUAUCGUCGGGUUAAUGCUGAUCCCCUAGUGGGUAAGCCCUGGCCUAGCCCGAAUCUUUACAGGGCUGCACAUAGUAUCCCCGCCGACUGGAAAUUUGACCCAGAUGUGAACGAAAGCCUCAACGUUCAAGGAUUUGUGCUGGACGCAGUACGGAAAAAGGGAUCAGCCGCACGCGCUGGGGUUAUUCCAUCUGACUGGAACACUAUUGCCGGCUGGGACAACUCAAGCUCGCCACCUCCGGAGACUUUCUGGAGGACAUUGGUUGGGAAUCGGGAUUUUUCAAGCCACAAACCACCGCGGCAUUGGCGAAAGGCGUGUCAGGAUGCCUUUUGCCUCAGAACGUCAGGUGGAGAUCUCGAUAUUAAGGAGGUAGUUGUAUAUGAAUGCCCAAAAUUCGUGUAG